ACUCAGCCGUCCGGAGGUUUGAGGUGGGCGGAGACUGAGAGCUGAGGUCCUCCCUUCCGCAGCGACACACCGCACAUUUCGGACUCGGCACCCGCACCCGUCCGAGGAGGGGAGACAUCAUGGCAGUCACUACUUGUACGCGCUUUACAGACGAAUACCAGCUUUACGAGGAGCUUGGCAAGGGGGCCUUUUCAGUGGUACGCCGCUGUGUCAAACUCUGCACAGGCCAAGAGUAUGCAGCCAAAAUCAUCAACACCAAAAAGCUCUCGGCCAGAGAUCAUCAAAAACUGGAGAGAGAAGCCAGGAUCUGCAGAUUGCUCAAGCACUCCAACAUCGUUCGUCUCCAUGACAGCAUCUCAGAGGAAGGCUUCCACUAUCUCCUCUUCGACCUGGUGACGGGCGGGGAGCUUUUUGAAGACAUCGUGGCGAGAGAGUACUACAGUGAAGCAGAUGCCAGUCAUUGCAUCCAGCAGAUCCUGGAGGCCGUGCUCCACUGCCAUCAAAUGGGGGUGGUACACAGAGACCUCAAGCCGGAGAACCUGCUGCUGGCCAGCAAGUGUAAGAACGCAGCAGUGAAGCUGGCCGACUUCGGACUGGCUAUCGAGGUUCAAGGAGAACAGCAGGCAUGGUUUGGUUUUGCAGGGACUCCCGGCUACUUGUCCCCAGAGGUGCUGAGGAAGGAGGCGUAUGGUAAACCAGUAGACAUCUGGGCAUGUGGUGUGAUCCUCUACAUCCUUUUGGUUGGAUACCCUCCAUUCUGGGACGAGGACCAGCACAAACUCUACCAGCAGAUCAAAGCCGGAGCGUACGAUGUGAGCCUGCCUCUUUUGUUUUCCUCCCCAGAGUGGGACACUGUGACUCCAGAGGCUAAAAAUCUGAUCAACCAGAUGCUGACUAUCAACCCAGCCAAGAGAAUCACUGCCCAGGAGGCUCUGAAGCACCCAUGGGUCUGCCAACGCUCCACAGUGGCCUCUAUGAUGCACAGACAGGAGACAGUCGAGUGCCUGAAGAAGUUUAACGCCAGGAGGAAACUCAAGGGUGCCAUUUUGACCACCAUGCUCGUCUCCAGGAACUUCUCUGUGGGUCGGCAGACUACAGCCCCCGCCUCCGUCAGCUCUGUGCCUGGAACCACUGCUGGCAUCGUGGAGCAAGCAGCCAAGAGUCUCCUCAACAAGAAGACUGAUGUCAAGCCGCAGACAAACAGCACGAGAAACAGCACAGUCACCAGUCCCAAAGGCCACGUCUCUGCUGCACUGGAGCCUCAGACUACUGUUAUCUAUAAUCCAAUAGAUGGGACCAAGGAAUCAUCUGACAGCAGUAGCACCACUAUUGAGGAUGAGGAUGUGAAAGCUCGCAAACAGGAGAUCAUUAAGAUCACAGAGCAGCUUAUUGAAGCUGUCAACAAUGGAGACUUUGAGGCAUAUGCGAAGAUCUGCGACCCUGGUCUGACCUCAUUCGAGCCGGAGGGGCUGGGUAAUCUGGUGGAGGGAAUGGACUUCCAUAGAUUUUACUUUGACAAUCUCCUCUCCAAGAACAGCAAACCCAUCCACACCACCAUCCUCAACCCUCAUGUGCACAUGAUCGGGGAGGAGGCCGCUUGCAUCGCCUACAUCCGCCUGACCCAGUUUGUGGACGGGCAGGGACAUCCCCGCUCCAGCCAAUCAGAAGAGACCAGAGUAUGGCACCGCAGGGAGAGCCGGUGGCAAAACGUCCACUUCCACUGCUCAGGAGCUCCCGCUGCCCCACUGCAGGGAUGAGAUAAAAGAGACUGAUGAUUAAGCCGUGAGGAACAAAGAAGAAAUAAAUAGAAAAAUCCGAGAGCAGCUCUGAUAGAGAGAGGUGCAGCUGGAUAGAGGAGUCUGAAGAGUCUGAUUUUGGGAUCGUUUUCCUGCACUCUGCACACCCAUCUCGCUCUUCUCUCUGCCUCUCCACAACCUCAACAACGUACAGUUACACCUAUGCUACCAUCAUCAACCCUUCACCACAGCAGAGGGCAUAUCAGCCAAAAGAAAUGGAAACUCUUUAUAGCUUGCGUCUUGUCUUCAGUUCCCUACAGCUGCCCAGCACACCUGGACAACAUCUGUCCUCUGUGCUGCGAAGCCUCCAGCGGUGCACUCUCCUGCUGAAGAUUUACCUUCUUAUUUCUUCUCAAACAUAAAUUAUUGUCACUUGACUUCUAGUAUUAUUAUGGCUGCAGUCUAUUGUUGUGCUCUUUCAACUGUACAGUAUAUUUGUUAAUCAUUUUAAACCUUUUAUUCUGGUAUGUUUUUCUUUUUUUUUUAUGACGAGCAUGACUCUUACCUCUGUUAACUCUGGCUGUUUUUCUGCACGACUAAUGCUGCCUGUGUGAAAUGAACAAACGGUACCGCAUGUCUCACAGAGAGACACCAGUGGGUGUAUUUAAAUAUCUGUUAUGUUUUGUUCUUCAAUGGAGUUUUUCGUUUGUUAUUAUCCUGCUUUCCUCUGGUGUGUAGUUGACCCCGAACCGACGCCUCUGUUUGUUGACCGGACCCCUCUUAGCCGCUCUGUGAGACUGUGAAAAACAUGCAGCAUGCUAACAUAUUACUGUUGUUCUUAACUGAUUCUCUAUGUACUGGACUUUGCAAGCUAACUACAGAAAUUAUGACAAUGGUUGAAAUUAUAGUAUCACGCUGUUUUUGUAAAUUUCCAGUUUCAUCGUGGUGACUUAACUACAAGUAUGCUGUAGAUGGUAUUUAAUUGCAUGAUAUUCCAAGUUAAUAACAUUGGUCAGUUGGGUGUUAUCGUGCAUUUUGUUGAUUUUUCUCUUUUUGGACUGAACUGCUAGCAAGAUAUAAUCUAUUGCCUCUAUUUUGUGGGCUUUGUAAGUGCAUAAACUAUUUUUUGUGUUAAUAUAAUAGUUAACUAUAUGAGCAAACUGGUGAGGAUCAUGACAGAAUAUGCCUUUAAAAGAAAUGACUGGAUCCAGUUUCAAAAUGGCUCUCAACAUUAUCAAAGACAAAAACACUGAGAUCCCAAAUGCUAACUCGUAUCUUCUAUUGUAGACCAGACUGAUAAAAAUGAUUCAACUAAAAGUUCCCAUUAGGGCUAAAUUAAGAUUUAUUUAGUUUUCUUAAAUGUUGCUAUUUACUUUACUGCACUUCUGAAUAAAAUACAGAAAAAUAUUUUUGGAAAGCGAAUAAAUGCAAUGAUAUCAGGAAUGUUUACCCAGGAUUUAAAACAUCACGAGUAAAACAAAACUGGACCAGACAAAAUGUUAUAUUUUGUAUUCAUUCAGUUAUAAUUGAGUUGUAUUGUCCCAACAUAGACGUUUUUGUCCAGUCAGAAACCAUGCUGUGUAACAGAGGAACUAUUUUAUUCCAGUUUCUUGACAGUACACAAAUCGUUCCUCAAGAGGGAGCCAACAUCUAACUACAGAUAAUUACUGCGUCACUGAGUUCAAAUGCAGGGUCUAAAAUUCAAACGUGAUUCGUGUUGGUCAGAGUGAGACCUCUCAGUAUAAUAAGCAGAGUGAGAGAAAGAUAAAAACAAACUCAUACAGACAGUCAUCAGGACUCUGGUCAUUUAAUUUCAAGCUGCAUUUACAGUAUUUUACGAUUGCUUUGGCUCAUUUUCACUGUGUAAAACAAAGAAGCAAGCAAAUAAGAGUACAGAGGAUGAAAUUAAACUAAAAACCUAAGAAAUAAAAUUAAAAAUAAUUAUUUAAAUAAAUAAAUAAAUCAGCAAUGUGUGCAGGUUAUUUUUGGUUUAUUUUAUUACCAUUUGUACCAUAAAGGUCUUCAAACCGAAACAGUUUCCUGAACAGUCCAUAUCAGUGCAUUGAAAGGCCACUGGUCACUUAGAUUUACUUCUUAUUUAACUGACAAUUCCUAUUCCAUAUUUUAAUUAUUUUUAUGUCAGCAAAUAUUUUAACUGUUUUAAAAGAGCUUUACACAAUCAGGAGACUUCUUAAUGACAAUAAAUUAACGCCUCUGUAUGUAAAACAAAGCUUUUCGGGUUUCUUUUUAAAAACAUAUUAUACUUAUACUGAAAAUGACUAUGACGAUAGUGUGCAUUCCAAGUCUAAUCAAUAGUAUGUGAUCAGAUGUAAUCAGUGUGUGAAUCAAUAAAAUGACAAUGCAAAGAAUGCUAUAUGUUCUUUGUGUGAAUGUG